CAGUCAAUCAAUCAAGCCUCUUUGCCGAGUAUUAUAUAUAGGUAUAGCGCUUUCUCACAAUCCGCAGCUCCACUGGAUUCCCUCAGAUUGCGUAACCACAUUGCUCUCAUUCUUCUGUGACCCUUUAUCGCGCACCCCUUCCGCACACCGCAAACUCGUAUACUCUCGACCUGACAGCUCCCAUCUCCCUGCCUCUGUAAGUGCCCAUCUAUCCAGACAUGCCGACUGUAUCAACCAAACGACAAUUCUGCUCGCCUCCCAAAAUGACGACUACUCCGAAAAGAUCAGCGUCUGCAGACACAUCUCUCCGACUGCGAUGCUCGUCCAUCGAUCACUUCGACGGCUUCAUCGCAGCAGACGUCGCUGCAAAAGACGAAGCAGAUCCCGUCAUUGUCGACUGUGAAAUGGCAAAGCAAGCAUCACCGAUGUGCGGCGAGAGCGACGAUGAGAUGGUUCUGAGCGGCAAAGUGACAGAGGACGAGGCUGAGGCUGAGGCUGAGGCUGAGUACUGCACCGAGGAGCAGCAAGAACCGGAGGCAGCCGUGUUGGACGAUGAGAACGCCGGAGCACCUGAAUCAGAGGGCGAUGAGGAUGGAAAGGCGCAAGAAGCUCAAGAUCGGGAUGACAACGUCCUUGCCUCUCCGCGUCGAUCACAGCGAGCUCGUCAAACAGCGCAUCAUUUUGCAAACUCUUCGUGGGUCCCUUGGCAAGACUUGCGCAACAGUCGGGUGACUCUUGAGCCCGAACGGGCUGCUGAGCCGGUCGCUCGCGCACCAAGAGUUGCUUCACCUCGCAAAAGACCUCGCGGUCUGAAGAGAAAGCGUGGAGCACGAGGAGGAGGAGGAUCGGACGCUGCCGAUGCGAGCGAAACAGCAGCGGAUGCGGCCACUGAGAGCCAUGCGGGAGCAGCAGGCGAGGGAGAUCAGCAGGGAUAUGGCGUGGAAGCGAUCCUCGGCCAUUCCUACCGGUUCGACGAACUGUGGUUCGCCGUAGAGUGGGAAGAUUGCGACUUUGGCGAGGGUGAGUUGACCGACGGUCGACCACCGACUUUGCAAUGCAGAGUCUCGCUGAUCGUUUCUGCAUUCGAAUGUGAUGCAGCUCUCUGGCAGCCCGCCGCCAAUCUGGUCACGCACUGCGGUAACCUUGUCGACGAAUACAAGGCGAUGCUAGCCUUUAAAAGGUGGUACAGGCGCUGGGCGAGUCGGCAAGCUGGGGAGGCAAGACGAUGGGCUCGGCGAUUCUGGAAUGCGCAGCAGGGCACCAACGGCCCCUUGUCGCGUGUAAGUACUCAUGGUCUUGUUCGACACACCUCAUGGUGGCCAACGUUGACGUUUGUAGUCAUCGUGACAGGAGCCGCCUCUCGAGUCCGCUGAUUGGGAGAUUCCCGACUUGAUCGCAUUCACCAGCGAUCUGGCGGACCUCUGAUCCCUGCGAGGUGAGCAUGCCACGGCAGAAUUCGAAUCGUGUGACACCAUGCAUUCGGGGCGCUCACGGCCAACACCGCUGGACAUUCAUGUCUGAUAGCAACGAUCACCACGCGCCUCCUCCGCGCGCUUGCCAAUUCGGAGUAGAAUCCUGCAAGAAUGAGAUGAGAACCUUGGAUCCGGUCUUGGAUGAUGGGAGACGCGACGAGAUCGCGAUCAGUCUCUACUGGCGCGGACAGCCGCAAA